AUCGAAUAAAAUGUUUGGAUUUUGGGUGAAAAUGAGAUAAUAAUCGUGUUGGAUCGAGUCCUCCGUCUUACCAGUGUCAACGAGGUGGCGGAGAAUGGAAAACGCCGACGUUUUCUUGGGCUUACACGACUUCCUCGAGCGCAUGCGGCAACCCUCCGCCGCUGAAUUCGUCAAAGCAAUCAAAAGUUUUAUUGUUUCGUUUUCAAACAAUGCUCCUGAUCCCGAUAGGGACAGUGCUGCGGUUCAAGCGUUCCUCGCGAAAAUGGAAGCGGAUUUCAGGGCUCAUCCACUUUGGGCUGGUUGCUCCGAAGAGGAACUUGAAAGUGCCGGUGAAGGACUUGAGAAGUAUGUUAUGACAAAGUUAUUUGCUCGUGUAUUUGCUUCACUUCCAGAUGAUGUAAAAUUUGAUGACCAACUUUCUGAGAAGAUGGCUUUGAUUCAACAAUUUAUUCGACCUGAAAAUUUGGAUAUCAAGCCAGUAUUUCAGAAUGAAUCAUCAUGGUUGCUUGCACAGAAAGAAUUACAGAAGAUCAACAUGUACAAGGCACCCAGGGAUAAACUUGUCUGUAUUCUGAAUUGUUGCAGGGUUAUUAGCAACUUGCUACUUAAUGCUUCGGUUGCUUCGAGAGAGAAUCCUCCAGGAGCUGAUGAAUUUCUUCCUGUGCUUAUUUAUGUAACCAUAAAGGCAAACCCUCCACAACUGCACUCAAAUCUACUGUACAUACAGAGGUUUAGACAUCAAUCUCGAUUGGUUGCAGAAGCAGCAUAUUAUUUUACAAACAUGCUCUCUGCUGAGUCAUUCAUCUCAAACAUCGAUGCAAAAGCCAUUUCAAUGGAGGAAGCUGAGUUUGAUGGAAACAUGGAAUUUGCUCGUGCUAUGCUUUCGGGUAUUUCAGCUGAUACACAAGAUCCUGGUUCACCUUAUCAAAAUGAUGGACAGCAUCCAAGAGCAGAACCCACUAAGCACAAAGCUUUGAAUGAUAAUAAUGACCCUGCACUACGAACUCCAUCAUCUGUUGCAAAAUCAGAAAGCAAGAAAGUGACUUUUGCAAAUGAAUCAUUGAUCACAAAAGUUCCAUCGCUCUCGGAUUUGGAGAAUAAAGGGGCAAGUAUGAUUUUAAAGGAGGAUAAGUUGAAUGAAGUUUUCGGGGAGUUUCCAUAUUUGUUUGCUAGUGUAGGUGACCUAAUGGUUGGUGAUGUUGAAGACCUGCUAAAUAAUUACAAACAACUUGUUUUCAAGUAUGUCUCUCUUUCCAAAGGGUUAGGAAUCUCUCCUACAUCUCUUCCACCAUCGAAUUCCCAAAAUAAUUCUGAAGACCAUGCUGAAACCACAAUAGAUUCUUCAGACAAUGGACCUCUAGAUGACAACAGUAAAUCAGAAGAAUCUAUUGAUACAACAGAUGAUAGUUCAGAUAAAGUUACACUUGAGGAGCAAAAAAUUGAAUCCGAUCUGCCGAAGGAUGACCUUGUUGCUCCUGAGGGUGAUCCCCCCUCUUAAUUAAUCGGAGCUAUCUUCAACCGUUUUCUCCCCGUUUUGUACCCCAUUUUUUCCACCCGUUUUUCCUGUAAAAUUAUUUUUAUGUUGUCCGUUGUCUGGUAGCUACACUCGUUCCUUAUGUUUAUAGGGAUGGCUGUACCAUGACCACUAUGCCUCGGUAACAUUGUUCUUGAAUAGAUUUUAGACCUGCAAAAAAUAGAAUUUUACAUUUGCUUUUGCGAUGGAAAAAGAAUGUGAAGAUGCAAAUCUUGUUUUGUUCGAUUUACCCCGUGUACGUUGAAUAUUGAUGAACUGAUAUUUAACCGGGUCGGAUAUGUAUUAAUGUAUUUACCUCGUUAUGCAAGUUUUGUUGUAAUGUUGGAUGUGAAAACUAAUAUAAAUGGUGGUUCUGUCUGCA